AUGUGUCACGAUAGAUUCAAGGGCAAUCCAGUCGCCAUUGUAAAAGUCGCCGAUAUCAACCUAACGCAGGAGCAAAAGCAAAGAAUCGCGAAUGAGUUCAACCUCUCCGAAACCGUCUUCCUACACCCUGCGGAUGAAAAUGGCAACCCGAAAGUCGAUAUCUUCACACCUGUCAACGAGAUGGAGUUUGCAGGCCAUCCCAUCAUUGGCACGGGCCAUUUCCUCUUCCGCCAACUAUCGGCCGACCUCAAAGACUCCAAAUCUCUCACCGUCAUCACAAAAGCAGGCCCCGUCCCAAUCGAAUAUGAUGUAGCCGAAAAGACCGUAUCCGCCGAAGUCCCGCAUAACAUCCACAUUCACCAACAGCCAGCAACACUCAAUCAUAUCUCUCCCGUCCAAACGGCUCUGGCCAAAGCCUCUGAUCUGACAGGCGUACCCGAGAGCUCGCCUGUGGUCUCAGUGGUCAAGGGGGUGACAUAUGCGUUGGUGGAUCUUACUGAAAGACCUGAUGUCUUUGCCAAUAUCCGCCCCAAUGGAAGUCCGGCCCUUGAUCUUGACGAGGAAUGGAGCCCUAUGUUCACUGGCGUCAUGUAUCAUCGCCACCUUGGAUGCCACAAGGAAGAAGAUCUGGUGGUAUGGAACCUUCGUGUACGCAUGGUUGCCAUCGAUCUGGAAGACCCUGCGUGUGGCAGUGGGGGGAGUUCCCUGGGCGCCUAUAUCGCGCUGUCAAAUGCUCACAAGGGCCGACACCAUCGAUUCCGCAUCGACCAGGGCAUCGAAAUGCGGAGGGAUAGUCUGGUGAUUGUGGAUGUGAUCCUAGAUGACGAGAGGAAGAAGGUGUCGACCAUCAAGCUUACUGGCCAUGCUGCAUUUGUCGCAGAAGGCAACAUCUUUGUGUAA